CAUACACGAGUAGCCUUUAACGUGCCUGAAAAAAAGAUAGAACAGUUGCCUCGUACAUUUCAUUCUCCCGAUAAAUGUUUCCAUUAUUAUUUCAGGCUCUUAAAAACCUUAAUCUUGAUUAUAGUUUAUUAAAUUGAUUGCCAUAAAAUAUUACCUCAAGUUUGUUAUGCGUUUCGCUGGAGCAGGCAUUCUCUCGGCCUUUCCUGCCUAGUGGCAAGUGGCAACAUCAUCACAGCUUGUCGACCAAACUGCAGUCAGCAGCUGAGAUGAUUCACAGUCUGUUCCUCAUUAAUUACACGGGAGACAUCUUCCUGGAGAAACACUGGAAGAGCGUCAUCAACCGGAGCGUGUGUGACUACUUCUUCGAAGCCAAGGAGAAGGCGCUAGAACCCGAGAAUGUGCCCCCCAUCCUGCAGACCCCACACCACUAUCUCAUUAAUAUAUACAGAGGGAAGCUCUUCUUCCUCGCUGUCAUCCAGACUGAAGUGCCUCCGCUGUUUGUCAUUGAAUUUCUGCACAGGGUUGCAGACACACUUCAGGACUACUUUGGAGAUUGCUCCGAAGGCGUGAUCAAAGACAACCUGGUGACGGUGUACGAAAUACUCGAAGAAAUGCUCGACAACGGCUUUCCGCUGGCAACCGAGUCCAACGUCCUCAAGGAGAUGAUCAAGCCUCCCACAAUCCUCCGAUCGGUCGUCAAUACUCUCACCGGGGGGAGCAAUGUAGGAGACACGCUCCCCACGGGUCAGUUGUCCAAUAUCCCCUGGAGGCGUGCUGGUGUGAAAUAUACCAACAAUGAAGCAUACUUUGAUGUCAUUGAGGAAAUAGAUGCCAUUUUGGACAAAUCAGGUUCCACAGUGUUUGCAGAGAUUCAAGGUGUGAUUGAAGCCUGCGUCAGACUCACGGGGAUGCCUGACCUUACUCUGUCCUUCAUGAAUCCCCGUCUCCUGGACGAUGUCAGCUUUCACCCGUGUGUGCGGUUCAAGCGCUGGGAGUCGGAGCGCGUCCUCUCUUUCAUCCCGCCCGACGGCAACUUCACCCUAAUGACUUAUCACGUCAGCUCCCAAAAUCUGGUGGCCAUUCCGGUAUACGUGAAGCAGAACAUCAGCUUUAUGGAAACGGGCUCUUGCGGCCGUCUGGACAUCACAAUCGGGCCAAAGCAGACAAUGGGGAAGACGGUGGAGGGCUUGCUGGUCACCAUCCACAUGCCCAAAGCCGUGCUCAGUGCCAACCUCAUCGCCACGCAGGGGAACUACACGUACGACCUCGCCACCAAGGUUUUGGUUUGGGAUGUGGGGAAGCUGAACCCCCAGAAGCUUCCGAAUCUGCGAGGCAGCCUGAGUGUGCAGUCGGGUGCUCCGAAACCUGAGGACAACCCCUCGCUCAACAUCGACAUGAAGAUUCAGCAGCUGGCCAUAUCAGGCCUGAAGGUGAACCGUCUGGACAUGUAUGGGGAGAAGUACAAACCUUUUAAAGGGGUCAAAUACCUCACCAGAGCUGGGAAGUUCCAAGUGAGGACCUGACUCAAUCACCACUCGGCAAUCAUGCUCCAGACCCAGCGAUCCAAAUCAAUCCUAACCUCAGCAAUAUUAACAAGUCGUUUUGCAUUCUAACAGUUAUUUAUUAAAUCCGCGUUACGGCAUUACAGGCUCUGUAAAUAUCAAGCGGCUUUCGUGUGGCCUUUGAAGGGAAGCCUUAAUAAUAACAAUAAUAAUAUAAGUAACCCAUGUGACCAAUUCCUCCAAAUGUCGUUUUGCUGAAGGGAAAAUGUUGCUUUGUAAAUGGGCACUGGGCCGACACAAUCAGUCAUGAAAUAUGUUGCUGCUUGCAUGUUGCCUUUCUGCGCAUCACUUUUUUUUCUACUUUGAAUGUGACAUACUAUUCAAUGUCUUUGCACACUUUAACUCUGUAAUAUGGCCUUAUAAGGUGCUUCCUUCAGGACUUUAUACCAAUCAGUUUUAUAGAUAGAGUAUGGUGCAGUAAGAUAAGUGCUCUGUUAUGAUCUGCUCACAAUGACGUCAGGCUGUGAGUGGCUGUGGGGAACACAUACUCAGAAAUCUGCACAACCUUGACGUGAUCUUGAAUGCAACUUCCUUGCAUUAGCCUCGCCUUUGCACCUUUUCUCUACGUGAAAAAAAAAUCCUCCUCUCUUAGUCUGAACUUCAGUGCACAAGAGGUCUUUUAAAAACUUUUGCCAGAAUAAAAUGUACUCUACUUA